GAGCGCUAAACCGUGAUCCCGGAAUGCUCAACUCCUCCAGCGGUGCGAUGUGGAGGCUGCAGGUGGUGCUGGGCCACCUGAGCGGUCGGCCCCAGACCGGCCCGGCAUUGCAGGCCGAGCCGUGCCACAGUGGUUUCCCACCGCCCUCGGCUGCGGACGUGGUGGUGGUGCACGGACGCCGCACCGCCAUCGGCCGAGCGGGCCGCGGCGGCUUCAAGGACACCACUCCCGACGAGCUCCUGGCGGCCGUCCUGACCGCGGUUCUGCAGGACGUGAAUCUGAGGCCUGAGCAGCUGGGAGACAUCUCCGUGGGAAAUGUGCUUCAGCCUGGCGCUGGGGCCAUCAUGGCCCGGAUUGCCCAGUUUCUGAGUGGUAUCCCAGAGACUGUCCCUUUGUCCACUGUGAAUAGACAGUGCUCGUCGGGACUGCAGGCAGUGGCCAACAUAGCUGGUGGCAUCAGAAAUGGGUCUUAUGACAUUGGCAUGGCCUGUGGGGUGGAGUCCAUGUCCUUGGCUGAGAGAGGGAACCCUGGGAAUAUUACUUCGCGCCUACUGGAAAAUGAGAAGGCCAGAGACUGCCUGAUACCCAUGGGGAUAACCUCGGAGAAUGUGGCUGAGCGGUUUGGCAUUUCCAGGGAGAAGCAGGAUACCUUUGCACUGGCCUCCCAGCAGAAGGCAGCGAGAGCCCAGAGCAGGGGCUGUUUCCGGGCUGAGAUCGUGCCUGUGACCACCACCGUACACGAUGACAAGGGCACCAAGGAGAGCAUCACUGUGUCCCAGGAUGAGGGUGUCCGCCCCAGCACCACCAUGGAGGGCCUGGCCAAGCUGAAGCCUGCCUUUAAGGACGGUGGCUCCACCACGGCUGGAAACUCUAGCCAGGUGAGUGAUGGGGCAGCUGCCAUUCUGCUGGCCCGGAGGUCCAAGGCAGAAGAGUUGGGCCUCCCUAUCCUUGGGGUCCUGAGGUCCUAUGCAGUCGUUGGGGUCCCGCCUGACAUCAUGGGCAUUGGACCUGCCUAUGCCAUCCCUGUAGCUUUGCAAAAAGCAGGGCUGACAGUGAAUGACGUGGACAUCUUUGAGAUCAAUGAGGCCUUUGCUAGCCAGGCUGUGUACUGUGUGGAGAAGCUGGGCAUCCCCCCUGAGAAGGUGAACCCUCUAGGGGGCGCGGUGGCUCUGGGCCACCCCCUGGGCUGUACUGGGGCUCGACAGGUCAUCACACUCCUCAACGAGCUGAAGCGCCGUGGGAAGAGGGCUUAUGGAGUGGUGUCCAUGUGCAUCGGGACUGGAAUGGGAGCCGCUGCUGUCUUCGAAUACCCUGGAAAUUGAGGCCCUGGCAAGAGGCACUACCCAGACAGUCCUGCUCUGGUGGCUGGAGAGGGUUACUACAGAAGAUAAUCCGUGUGGGACACUCAGCAUAUCAAGUCCCUUCAACUAAUUUGGACAAUAGGAGCACUAACACAGUACAGGACUGGGUGGGGUGCUGAGCUGCCCCUGUCACACUCUAGUAGCUGUGUCAAAGUCUGGUGGGUCACCAAGGCCACAGACCAUCGUGUAACUUCUGGAGUGGUGACUUUGUGAGUGAGGGCUAUAAUGGAUGUAGAAAAUGUGUGUGAUCUCGUCUUGGUGGCUGUGGUUUUUUCCAAGGGCCAGCUUUUGCCUUGCUAGUCUUCUGUGCGCCCCACCUCAAUAGUGGAGGUUAGGGAGGGGAACUUGCACACACCUAGCUCGGAACUGGGACUCUAAGGGUGUAAUUGCUGCCUACCCUGAGGGCCAAGCUCAAAAGCAAUCCUGCCCUUCACAGGUUGUCUGCUGCCCUGAGUGUGUAUCUAAUGACUUAAUUGUCAUGAUCUCCAA